UUGUGGGCUUUAUGGGCAUAAUUCUGAUCUGUGCUCAGGGAGCAAGAAUAAGGCAUCGAAUAGUGGUGUUAAUGGGGAAGAAUCGAUGGUUGAAAACAUGGGUAUUCAGCGGCGUGUGGAAGAGGAAAACUAUGGGCCAUGGAUGCUUGUGGAACGAUGAAAAAGAGAAAGGGUACGUAAUGUAGAAACAGUGAGGGACGACGGCUCCGACAAUGGAUUGGGGGGUUCACAAUUUUUAGUUUUUGCAGCGGACUCGGGCGUUAAUGAUCCUGUAAUCAGGGCCAUGGAUGGGGGAAUCAGCUUAGUAGAGUCAAAGGACGUCAUUUAGGGAAGAAUUUUAAUGGAAAAUUUGAAGAAUUUGGACAAAAGGAAACUAAUUUGGGGAGAAUGGGUCGAGUAGGCUUAAAGGCAAAGGAAUUUUACUUGGUAGUGGACCCAAAUCUGGCCCAAAUUCAUUAAGGCCCAUUAAUGUCAAUAUUGGGUCGGUAGCUUGGAAAGGGGGAAUGUAUUUGAUGAUGGUUCUUAAAUAGGUCCGAUAGGUCCAUAUGCUAAGGAUAAGGGCUUUGAUUUUUUACCUGUGACUGAGUAUGGAAGAAAAUUUUGUCCAGGUGUUAUAUGUUUGUUUGAGACUCAGUUCGGUGGUGUUAGGGUGAAUGGCAUCAUUUCCAAGCUUGGGUUCCCAAAUUCUUUCAAUUUGGAUGUAGUAACUUUCAAUUUUUUCUGUUUGAUAAUGGUAUUCGUGACUUGGGGUUCAGUGGGCCCUGGGCUUAGUGGACUAGCCCACCCUUGGUCCAAUCGAAGGAUGCUGGCCAUGUUCCCUUUCAAACGGCCUACUUUCGAACUCAAGGAGAACGUCCAUUAACCUGCGUUGUGGAAGCGGCUCAGAGGAGAAAGACGCAAGAGUGACAACCGCGUCAUACUCGGACGACAACCCCGCAAGAACAAUCUCCACCCUUUCGGAAUCCGAAAUCUGAUGAUCUGAGGCCUCAAGCAGAGCACAUGUAUUUUGAAUUUUAGCAAUGUAUUCUUUAAUCCUUAAGGUACCUUUCUUGAUGGAAUGUAAAUCGUGUUUGAUACGAGACAACUUGGCAGCAGUCACGGCGGCAAACAGACGAUUGGCGGUGGUCCAUACAUCAUUAGAGGUUCGCACAUCAGUGAAACACGAGAGUAAGGAGCCACUGAUCGUGGAUAGCAACCAUGACGCAAGGAGCUUAUCCUGUUGAUGAAACACCGAAGCUUUAGGAUUCAACACCAUCUGGCCCUCUUGAGUCGACACAAAACGACGUGGAGACGGAAGAGAUCCAUCAACAAAACCGGAAAACACUGCAGUGUUACCAGAUUCAGAGUGAACCGAAGGUGCCGGAUCACGCACAGAUGGAGGAUGGUCAUUAGUGGCAGAGACAAAAUUCGCGGAUUGAGCCAUGAGAACGCAGCAGGAAACGCAACCAGGAUCUUAGGCGAAUGAACCAUGAAAGUGAAUGUAACAAUAUGAAAAUCAAAUUUGAGACUAACACUGAAAAUUCAAGAAAAAAAAAUAUCUCCUCCUCGUUCUCAUGCGAAGGUCUGGGUCCAUCAACGCAAGAUAUCAAUUCAUGAAUAUAAGAAGUUGGUAAAAAGUUGAUAAGAAGCUGAUAAGUGAUUAGUGUUUUGUCAAACAAGAAUUUUUUUUUAUCCAUUGUCAGACAAGAAAUUAUAUUUCAAACAGGCUUUACCUAAGCAAGCUAUCCUCGCAAGUCAUGUCUAAAAAUCCCCCACACAUUUAAACAGAAACUAUAGGUGUCAUGUGUGUGAUCUAAUAUUAUAAAACAUUCUAUAGAUUUCCUAGCAAAUCUUAGUUAGCCCCUUCUCUUUCCAUGUUCCUCCUCUUGCUCCUUCCCUUCGUCAUUUAAACCGUAUGUCUCUCUCUCAAAACGGAGAGAAAACAGAUCGAAAGAUGAUGGAGAGAAGAAACAUGGGAGGAAGGAAUAUUGCUGUAGCAACACUCUCCAUGAUAUUGGGUUUGUUCCUAAUCCAUGUUUAUGGCGAUAAUUCACGAGUGGGAAAGUUUUCUGCUGCUCCUUACCACGACCAAAUGCGCCAAUUGCAAGCGUUUAAGGCUUCUCUUAUUGGUCGACAAUCCGUCUCAGGUUCACCUAUCUCGCCCUCUUCUUCGCCACUGCAGGAAGCCAUAGGUCCACGUGUGUAUCAUGUAACAAAUUAUGGAGCAGACCCAACGGGGAAAUCAGACAGCACAGAAGCACUAAACAAGGCAAUCGCGGAUGCAUUUCAGGUUCCUAGUGAAGGGUUCUUGAUGGAGGGGAUCACUAAUCUUGGAGGGCCACAAAUUAAUCUUGAAGGUGGGAACUACCUUAUCAGUAAACCACUGCAGUUAGUUGCUGCCGGUGCAGGAAAUCUUAUGAUCCACGGAGGGACACUACGAGCCUCAGAUGAUUUUCCGGUUGAUGGGUAUCUUAUUGAUUUGUCUCCAAAUUCAUGGGCUAGCAGUACUGAAGAAGAAAUAAGAGAAGGGAGCUCCUUGAAAUUGAAUUUACAGCUUACCUCAUCAUCAUCAUCCUAUAACUACGAGUACAUAACCCUCAGAGACCUGAUGUUGGAUUCUAAUUACAGGGGUGGUGGCAUUUCAGUUAUAAACUCACUAAGGACUAGCAUUGACAAUUGCUACAUUGCCCAUUUCUCCACUAAUGGAAUUUUAGUCCAAGGCGGGCACGAGACCUAUAUCAGGAAUUCUUUCCUUGGGCAACAUAUCACGGCCGGUGGUGAUGCAGGCGAAAGGAACUAUACCGGCACUGCCAUUAACCUAAUGGGAAAUGAUAAUGCAGUGACGGAUGUGGUGAUUUUUUCAGCUGCCAUAGGAAUAAUGGCCUCAGGUCAAGCCAACACCUUUUCUGGGGUGCAUUGUUACAACAAGGCAACAGGUUUUGGUGGCACGGGGAUUUACUUGAAGCUGCCUGGUCUUACACAAACCCGGAUAGUAAAUUCAUACCUAGAUUACACUGGGAUUGUGGCUGAAGACCCAGUGCAACUUCAUAUCUCUAGCAGUUUUUUCCUCGGUGAUGCAUUUAUCCUCUUGAAAUCAAUAAAUGGGGUAGCAAAUGGAGUGACUAUAGUGGAUAACAUGUUCAGUGGAUCUAAUAAGGGGGUUGAUAUAGUCCAGUUAGAGGGUCCUUUCACACAAAUUGAUCAGGUUGUAGUUGAUAGGAAUAGUGCCAAGGGGAUGAACAUUAAAGCAACAGUUGCGAGAGGGUCUGUUGAAGGGAAUAGCAGCUCCUGGACGGUUGAUUUUAAUCCUGUUCUUUUAUUUCCUAACCUGAUUAAGCAUGUUCAGUAUUCACUAAGCUCAAGCAGGGGCAGCUCAUUUCCUAGCCAUGCCCUAAGAAAUGUGUCUGAAAAUCAAGUUGUGAUUGAGUCUGAUCUCGCUGUGCCGGCAAAUGUUUUCGUCACGGUGGAUCAAGCUUAAGCACCAUGACCUGACUUAUUAUUAUUAUUAUCAUCAUCAUCAUCAUCAUCAUUAUCAGCAUCAUCAUCUGAUGGAGAGUUAAGAUCCUUAGACAAUUGUGAA